GGCGUCAUAGCCCCAUCCCUGCCACAUCGAGGCGGAGUUCGAAUUUCUUGGUUUUCCUGAUUGGUGGUGUACUGGUGUGGGAAAAUGGACGCCGGCGUGGACCACUAUCUCGUUCUUGGAUUACCGUCCGGCGAGGAAGGGGCUAAACUUACGGAGAAAGAGAUUUCAAAAGCGUACAAAUUGAAGGCUUUGGAAUUGCACCCGGACAAGAGGCCAGACGAUCCGGAUGCCCAUUCUAACUUUCAAAAGCUCAAGACUUCAUAUGAGAUUCUCAAGGAUGAGAAGGCUCGAAAAUUGUUCGAUGACUUGCUGCGGGUUAAGCGUGAGCAGCAACGCCGACUGUCAGAGCGCGACGGCAAGCGACGAAAGAUGGUUUCUGAUCUCGAAGAAAGGGAGAGGGCUGCUUUUGCUGCUGACCCAUCUGUUAAAGCGCGAGAAGAAGAGGAGAGGAUUGCUAGGCAACUGAAGGAAGAGAUUGCUAGGAUUCGGGCUAUGCAUGCCAAUAAAGGAGUGCCCACCGAGCCUGAUUUGAAGUCUAUGGGGGUGGGGAAAGAAAGCACGGCUACUGGCGGCUCUGCGUUGAAUAAAGAAAAGGUCCUUAAAGUUUCGUGGGAGAAGGUAGGUGAAGAUUAUACGGCAGAGAAGUUGAGAGAACUGUUUUCCAAAUUUGGUGAAGUGGAAGAUGUAGUCAUCAAGGGCAGUAAGAAGAAAGGUUCUGCACUUGUUGUAAUGGCCACAAAGGAAGGAGCUGUUGCGGCCAUAGGAAGUGUUAUUGGUCAUCUUUCUAAUCCGCUGCUGGUUUUACCACUUCAGCCUGCUGUGGCAGCACAGUUUUCAAGUGCCGAGAAACCCGUGGAACCCGAGAAGAUAAAUAACCUGGUUGGUGCGGGGUAUCAGUCUUUUGAGAAUUCUGUUUUGGAGAAGCUGCAAAAGGCUGCACAGAAGCGAAAGUGACCAUUUAUAGAUGAAGCAUAAGGUUGCCUGUUUGGCUUAUGGUCCACCCAAACUCUUUAGGUUAUAUAUUCAUUUAUUUGCAAUAUGACCCUAGCAUUCUUGAUAUGAGCUUAAAGGGACUGUGGAGAUAUCUCUCAGAUGAUAAAACCAUUAGUUGUAUCGCCCUGUUGGAAUGUAUAGCUGAUGCUCGCUUGCUUAAACAGAAUGCUGUACUUGACCUAGGCAGCAAGAGUCUGCCACCUGAGGUGAUGAACUAUGGAGACUGAAGGUUUGAGGCAGUCAUAUUGUUAUCAUGUCGAGUCAAUGAUUCAAUGGUGUAUUUGGUCUUGGGGUCUACAUGAACAGGCGCUUGCAGAUGGUUACUGAGAAGGCGAGCUCAAAACAAUGAAAUGAUGGCAAAACAUCAGCGGAGUCGCUUGUUGGUGACUUGCCACUCAUAAGCUCGCUCUGCAGUUUUAUAUGCAACAUGAUGUUAAUGGACCGCUUAGAUGUAUCCCUUAAUGAAAAUACUUUGUUUACCAUUCCCUUGUUGAAAGAGGAGGGGCAUUUAAGCUACCCCUUUUCUUUCCUUUUUUUUUUUUUAAAAAAAUAUUCUUAGCCCUUUUUGGGGACAAAAAGCUUACAUGAGAGUUGGAUUUGAGGUUCGCUAUUGACGUCAAAUCCUGUGUGAAAACAAAGAUAGAAUGAAAGAAUUUUCUUGUGA